AUGUCUUCUUAUCCAGCCAUUUCAGUUGGCACAUCCAGCUACUCCACCAGCGCAUACUCUGCAUAUGAAAAACAAGAGUAUGUAGGGCUUUCUAAUCAAGGUGCAACUUGCUAUAUGAAUUCUCUAUUGCAAACUCUCUACAUGACUCCUGAGUUUCGUCGAGAAAUUUAUCGAUGGAGAUACGACCUUCAAAAGCAUGGCGAAGAACAAGACUGCAUUCCAAUCCAGCUGCAAAUUUUAUUUGGAAAGCUACAGCUGUCAGACCAAAGCUAUGUUGACACUACUGGGCUUACAAAAAGUUUCCAAUGGGAUAUCAGGGAGAGUUUUCAACAGCAUGAUGUACAAGAAUUUUUAUUUUUUUAGAAAAAUUAUUUGAAUUAUUUUAAAAAAUAAAAAUAUAAAAAAAAAAUUUUUACCGAAUUUUGCCGUGUUCUUUUUGACGCAAUUGAGCAAAGCGUUGAAAACACUGAACAAGCAAACGUGAUUAAGCAGCUUUAUGAAGGGACUUAUGUUGAUUAUGUAAAGUGCUUAAAAUGUUUACGAGAAAGCUCAAGAGAAGACAAAUUUUUAGACCUAAGUUUGACUGUGCGUAACGAAUUUGACAAAAUUUAUAACGAUUCUGUAGAAAAAGCUUUAUUUCCCUCCAUGGAAAAUUAAAAACAUUGGAAAAAUCCCUAAUUUUUUGGAAAAAAACUUCAAUCGAGAAUUUAUUUAAAUAAAUAUAUAAGUGAUAAUUAGUAUAAUGAAAUCUCUACCUAAUCUGAGGAAUUUUAAACAGCAUAAAUUUCAGGUUAUACUUUCAUUUUUUGGGAUAGAAUUUCAAAAAAAAUAACUCCUCUCUAAAGCAAGCAAAAUUUUUUAACCGCUCAAGAGGGAAUGCUAGGAAAUUAUAUUAGGCCUGAAGAACUGUCAGGAGAUAAUCAGUAUUUUUGUGAGCAUUGUGGGCAUAAGCAAGAUGCCUUAAAAGGAUUAAAAUUCAAAGAGUUGCCUUAUAUUUUACUUUUACAGUUAAAGCGCUUUGAUUUAGAUCUAGACACAAUGCAAAGAAUCAAAUUGAACGACGAGGUCAAAUUUCCCCAAGUUUUAAAUAUGAACCCCUUCGUCCGAGGCUCCAACGUCCACGUCCCUACCACUUUCACUGAAAAAGUCCAAGAAAAGCCUGAAGAAGAGCCACAAUACGUCGAAAUUAAGCCAGAAAACAUUGACAAGCUAAAGCUCCAGCAUAUAAAAAACACAACUUACGAUAUCAUCAGCGAAGACGACGAUAAAAACUCAUUGAAGCUUGACCAUGUUGCUAAAAGAAAACACAUAGAAAAAAGAGCUGAAAUAAAAAAACAGGAAAGGGCCAAGCUAAUACAUCAGUAUCGUCAAGAAGGCGAAAACGUAUAUGAAUUAUACCUUGGCAAAUCGGCCUAGAAAUACUAUUAUUUAUAUUAAAAAUACAUAUAAAUAUGCUGAAAAAGCAUAUAUUCAAUUAUGAUUCAUUCUGGGUCUGCCUUAGGCGGCCACUACUACGCUUAUAUAAGAUCCUUUGAAAAUGAUCGCUGGUACAAUUUCAACGACUCCAAUGUAAAAGAAAUUGAUGAAAAAGACAUAGAAAAAGUAUUUGGUGGUAUCAGUAAAAUUGGGUAUUUCGGAGGGACUUAUUCGUCGACUGCUUAUUUACUUAUGUAUAGAAGGGUCGAUGAAGCCAGAAAUGUCAUUAAAGUAGAAGACGCAGAGGUUCCUUCUUAUGUGCUAGAAGAGCUUGAAAAAGAAAAAGAGCGUGAACUUCAAGAAUCCAUGGACAGGGCUGAAAAAUUAAAAAGCAUGCGCUUACGCAUUUUUCACAAAAAUUCCGAAAAAUGCGUAGAAGUCAAAAAAGAUGCAACUAUGCUUGAAUUAAAGCUAAAAGCGAUGGAAGAAUUUGGGAUAAAAGAUGAGCCAGAAGACGUGAGAAUCAGAGGGUAUAGCCAAUAUUAUGACACUUUUCAAGAAUUGUUCAAUGAGACAAAAACUUUAGAAGUCCUAGGACUUUACAGUCAAAGAGUCCUUGCUUUAGAAAUAAAAAACCAUGGGGAAGAAUUUGAAGCUUAUGACCCAUUUAAGCUUACAGUCAAAAUAAACCUAUGAAAAGAGACCUGUGCUGAUCCAGAAAUUUCUUUUGAAGACAAGACCAAUAACCCAGUAAAAAUCCAAAUUGACAAGCGAGACACUGUCAGAAAAAUGAUGGAGACGUUCGAAAAAAAAUUUAAUAUCCCUGUAGACAGGCAAAAAUUAUUAAAAAAAGGCUAUAUUGGGUCGUCAACAAUGCCAGAAAUUCUGUCCCAAAGAGCCUUUAUGGACCAGUCUUUGACAUAUGCAAGGAUUUUUGAAGGGACUGUUAUGUAUCUAGAAGACAUGGAAAAUCCUGCAAAUAAAGGCAAAUGGCAGCUUCUGCUUGACGAGGAGGCCAGCAAGUUUAUGAUCAAGUUUAACAACCCAGAUUUAGCUGCGAAUUCAUAUGGGCAAUACGAAUUUAAGGAUUAUGUGGUUCUGCACUCAAAUAAAACUGUUGGGGAGCUUAAAGCGCUGAUUUCUAGCAAGCUUGGGAUCCCUGAAUCACAGUUUAUAAUGAAACGUAGCAGCAAAUAUGGCUCAGAAAUGAAGGAUUUGUCUAUUAAACUAUCACAAGCAAAUUUAGUACAAAAUAGCUUGGUAUUUAUAGAGCGUGGCGUUCCCAGUAAACAAGACGAACUGAGGCUUGUGUUUAAUCUUGCAAUACCUCCUAAAGAAAAAGAUGGAGAUGGGGCGAUAUUUUCUUAUAUUGAGCUUUUUGAGCUUCCUGUACAAGUUGAUACAAAAAUAUCUGAAUUGAAAUCAUUGGUUUGCCAGGAGAUGAAUACUAUGUAUCCAUCAAUGGAAAUCCAGCCUAAACUUAUGAGACUUCGUGAUAAACAUUAUGAUAAGCUAUCAACAGUUUUUUAUGAUAAUGAGUCAUUAAAAUCUUAUAUAGUUUUUAUAUGAUUAGUCUGCCUGCGUUAUUAUUUUUCUUUGACUCCUUUUUAAAUUUGGCAAAAUGUUGGUAAAAUUUCCAAUUUUGGGUACUUUAAACUCCUUUUAGAUAUGAACAAAAUUUAGGAAAAUUUUACAGGUAAAAAUUCUAGUUUUAAUAAAUUAGUUUCGACAUAAUUUUAUGGAAAAAUAAAAGAAGAAUAUUAUUUAAACAAUUUUCACGCUAAAUUGAUAAUUUUUUUGAAUUAAUUCUCAGUAAAAAUAAAGUAAAAUUAAAAGAUAUUGUGCUCAAUUAUAUUUUAUUAAUUUUUAAAAACAAAUUGAACCCCCUUUUAAUUAGGACAGGGUUUUUGUUCUAACUUUAAGAGCUAGGGAGAGAAGAUUAUUGGCGGACUAUUUAUAUACAUAAGAUAUACCAUAUUUUCGAAAAGAAAAGCAUCGGCGUACAACUAUUGACUACCCCAGACCCAGAAUUCAACAUGCAUGACCUAAUUGUAGCUGUAAGAAAAUGGACCCCAAGCACAUGGGAAUUAUCACCACCUGAAGAAAUUGUUGCCAAUAAGCUGUGAAAAAUCCAAGACCUCGGUUCAAAAUUAAGCAAACAUUACGAUAUCCCUGUCGCCAAUGUCGAAAUCGCCAGAAUUUCUUACACUGCAAAUUUCGUCAGAAGUGACCUAAAAACUGAAAUUUUCACAAAAUCUCACAAUAAUUACCAUUAUUUGUCAAGCCAGCCUUGAUAUUUAUCUGCUGAUGGGAUGCUGUUUAUGUAAUUUUUAUUUAGUGUAAAAGAUUCAGCUGAAGAAGUUAGAGAUAUGACAGCAGAAGAAAAGAGAAAAUUCGCGAGUAAAAGCAACUAUGGGUAUUAUAGCAGCUGGAAAUACGAGCCGCAGAAGGAAAAAAGUGUAAAAAUCACUGUGAAAAAGAAGAAAAAUAAUGAUGAAGCUUCAAAAGAAGAAGAAACAACUGAUGAAAUUGUUAGUUAA